CCCGGGACGACGAGAUUGCGUCGCUCGACCAGUUUACUAGUUGCAAGGUGUAAUACUUUGACUCGAUUAGCUCUACUUGCCGGGAGUCAUCACACUCGGCUUUCCAAAACUGAUUUAUGCCCAUCGGUGUUAGUAGUCAGCUCCCGGCUUGCCCAUUUAACAAGAAAGGCCAUAUCACCUUGGCAAGGUUCACUUCAUCUCUAGCUUUUGUCUUCCAGUCUUACUCUUCUGGACCUUGAGCCAACUAUCCACCAUCAUCAAAUCCCGCCAGUUCCCGCUCAGUCACGAUGAAGUUCGUUUCCCUGGCUCUCUUGUUCGCUGGCGCCGCUUUGGCUGCCCCUGUCGCCAACGACUUCAUCCGCGAGACCAACAAGCGCUCCGAGGACUCUUCCGAGGGAGUCGUUACCUGGGCUGACGUCGGCAAGCGCUCAGAGGAUUCGUCUGAGGGUGUUGUGACCUGGGCCGAUGUCGGCAAGCGAUCCGAGGAUUCGUCUGAGGGAGUCGUGACCUGGGCCGAUGUUGGCAAGCGCGCUGAAGACUCGUCCGAGGGCGUCGUGACCUGGGCCGAUGUUGGCAAGCGCGCUGAAGACUCGUCCGAGGGUGUCGUCACCUGGGCCGACGUUGGAAAGCGCUCAGAGGACUCCUCUGAGGGCGUCGUCACCUGGGCCGACGUUGGAAAGCGCUCAGAGGACUCCUCUGAGGGAGUCGUCACCUGGGCCGACGUUGGAAAGCGCUCAGAGGACUCCUCUGAGGGAGUCGUUACCUGGGCUGAUGUCGGCAAACGCUCCGAAGAUUCCUCCGAGGGUGUGGUGACUUGGGCCGAUGUUGGCAAGCGCUCCGAGGACUCGUCCGAGGGUGUCGUCACCUGGGCCGACGUUGGAAAGCGGGCUUAGAUUGCUAGAAUCCACAGCCGCGGCAUUGUUCAGAUCAAGGCUGUGAAUCUGCUUCAGGGACUAGCAGAAAUGUCGUGGGGGGGAGAGGGGGGUUAGCGCGU